UUGAUGUUUAAAUUUUAAAAGGCCAGUUGUGACUUUACUGGUUCACGCAGAUACUUUGAUUACUCAGUUUUACAUCGGACAAGCUUGUGCAACUUCUAAAUAAUCUUCAUCUUAAACAUCUGCUAGGUCGACAUGAAGAUUCCUCAUUGGUUAAAAAAUGCACCGUGGGUAUUUAGAUGUGUGUGAUUUUUAGGAUUUUAUGAUGUGGAGAACUCGGGAUGAAUCCACGCACAUUUUCUUUUUAUUAUUAUUUAAUUUACACCAUAAUUAACAAUUUAUAACAACAAGCGCAGUGAGCUAUGGUCUUAUGUCAUCGUCAUAAUAACCUAAUUGGGCUAUAUCUCUAAUGUGAGACAUUGUUUGUGCACUGUAAAAACAUUUAUACUCUCAUAACAGUGCGCGCACCCUCCCUUCGCUCUGUCCCUCUUGACUUGGUGACAGACCUAAAAGCCUUUUGUUGCAAUCUUAGCCAAUGGAGAUGGAUUACGACACCGGGCAGCUGAGAUAUAUAAAGAGCCCCUUUUUGACCGCACUUGCACAUUUUUCAGUGACACUUCUGAACAUUCACACACCUCCAUGGACUAAAUUGUACAGAAGGACCCCAAAACAACCAUUAUACUACAUGUGAUCGGGCUAUGCAUUCAUCAGACAGAUAAUUUGUUAACUUUCAAUCAAAACAGCCCGAACCGAGACACACUGGAACGUACUUUUUUCUUUUUCUUUUUUUUUUUUUUUUGAAAUUUUAUUGCAAAAUCUCCUGCUGUGAAGAAAAGAAGAAAAAAAAAAAAAGCAACUUUGGGGUGAUCGUAUUGGAUUAGAUGCAUGUCACUGAUUCCCUGCCUUUUGUAGGAUAAGGCAAGGAGCGGCGCACAUCCGAGAGGGGGGAUAUAAGGGGAUAAAGCGAGUAAAAAGACUAGAAAGAGAAAGAAAAAAGUUGCAUUGCCUGGUGUCCACUCAUCGUCAUGCCGAGGUACAACUUCUUACUGUGCUUGAUGGUGCUCAUCUCCCUGGGACAGUCGGGGAGCGAUGAGCCCAAUCUGCUGCUGCCUUCUGCCAGCGAGACGCCCACGGAUGCCGGGCUGUCCCUGCUGGACGAGGACGCCGGUUCCCACGAGUGCUCCGCCUGUGUUUGGAGGGAGCAGAGCAAAGUGCUGAGACUAGAGACCAUCAAGUCCCAGAUCCUGAGCAAGCUGCGUCUGAAGCAGGCGCCCAACAUCAGCCGGGAGGUGGUCAAUCAGCUGCUGCCCAAGGCGCCUCCGCUCCAGCAGCUCCUGGACCAUCACGACUUCCAGGGAGACGCGUCGUCCCAGGAUGAGUUUAUGGAGGAGGAUGAGUACCACGCCACCACGGAGUCCGUGAUCACCAUGGCCUCUGAGCCGGAGCCACUGGUGCAGGUGAAUGGAAAACCAAGCUGCUGUUUCUUCAAGUUCAGCCCCAAACUAAUGUUCACCAAGGUGUUGAAGGCCCAACUGUGGGUGUACCUGCGACCGCUGCAGCAGACCUCCACUGUCUACCUGCAGAUCCUCCGGCUGAAGCCCGUCACGGACCAGGGCAGCCGCCACAUCCGCAUCCGCUCCCUGAAGAUAGAGCUCAACUCCAGGGUCGGCCACUGGCAAAGCAUUGACUUUAAGCACGUGUUGCAGAACUGGUUCAAACAGCCCCACACCAACUGGGGAAUCGACAUCAACGCCUUUGACGAGAGCGGCAAUGACCUGGCAGUUACCUCGCUGCGACCCGGGGAGGAGGGGCUGCAGCCGUUCCUGGAAGUGAAGGUUCUCGAGACAACCAAACGUUCUCGAAGAAAUCUCGGCCUGGACUGCGACGAGCACUCCACAGAGUCUCGCUGCUGUCGCUACCCUCUGACUGUAGAUUUCGAGGCGUUCGGCUGGGACUGGAUCAUUGCCCCCAAACGCUACAAAGCCAACUAUUGCUCCGGUCAGUGCGAGUACAUGUUCAUGCAGAAAUACCCGCACACCCACCUGGUGCAGCACGCCAACCCCCGAGGCUCCGCAGGGCCCUGCUGUACCCCGACCAAGAUGUCCCCCAUUAACAUGCUCUACUUCAAUGACAAGCAGCAGAUCAUUCACGGCAAAAUCCCAGGGAUGGUGGUGGAUAGAUGUGGCUGCUCUUAGGCUGCAGGGGAGACGCACACUUGUGUACAGCCACCAUCGCAUCAAACCACCCAAAACCUUACGGAGCUCUCCCCUGGCACCAGAACCCAUUCCUUGGCACCAGAUUUCACUUUUUGCUCAACCACAAAAUCAUCCCACUGGGUUUCCAUUUUUCCAGUAAUUAAAUUGAUUCUAACUGUAAAAAGAAAAAAAAAAGAAAAAAAAAAGUUAUAAAUGAAACAUGAAUCAAAAAAAGGACUGAGUGAUGGAAAUGCAGUACAUUAUGAAUGAUUUAAAGAGGUUGUCCUUGUGGAGCAGCUUCAGAAAAAACGGUAAAUGAGACAAAACUAUGUUAUAGAGUAUGUGUUAGUUUUGUGGGUUUUUAAAGAUUUUGUUUGGUUUUUUUUAAAAUGGCAUCUUUGUGAAAUGUCCAAGUUAGUGGAUUAUUGAGAUGACAGGAGACAUAAGCAUUUACAAUAUUUUUAAAAAGCAAUUUCAAUCCUAAGGUGAGUUUGGAAAUACUUAAUUUCACAGAUACACUUACUUACGGGUGAGAUUUGAUCCACAAAAACGUUUGCAAGGGGGCAUGAUUAGAAUUAUUUUUGCAAUCCAUCACUUUAACAACAACAACAACAACAAAAAAGAGAACAAAAUCCAUGCUCAUGUGAGGAGGGUUAGAAAUACUAUAAAUCCAAAAUUUUGUUUACAGAUGUUUAGAGAUGUGCUCUAGAGAUGUAAAGUGUUGAGGAGAUCCAAAACCAAACCUAUACCCUCUAUUAAUGUAUAACACCCCAGUGUGACAUUCUCGAGUAUCUACGAAACCUUUCACAGUUACUUUGAUCUUUUUUUAUUUGUAGUCUUGUAAAACUCGAAAAAAGAAAAGGGAGAGAAGGCGUUAUGCUAUUUUAACUCUGUCUUUCAAAGCGGAUAAAUAAAAGCCAGUAUAGCUAUUUCUGCCAUUCUGCAAAAGUAGAUCAUACAAAUUUAGGUUUUUCACUUGCACACACUAAAGUCGAAACACAGUAUUGUAAUGUAGAUGCACUCUGAAGUCAUUCGGCACCGCCUGGGAGAGGAGGAGGAGCAGGGUCCUGCAGGAUGACGGGAACACGACAGGUUUCCUUUCUUCUGUGUGACAAAGGAAAAUACACGUUAACACCUUCGACUUUUGCAUUAAAUGUUUAAAACAGAGAAGUAAAAUGCACUGUUUCAUAACUUGAAGAGGCCACGGGGCUGAGCAUGUAAUAACAAACAGAAAGCAGAAUCCUGAAAUUUAAAACAUGCAAGGGUGUCAGUAUGCUCAAAUGUUCACCCUGCUGUAAACCUGAAUGAAUUAUUGAGCUGAAAAAAUAGCGCAAGACAUGACUGCAGUAUUAUCACUAGACGUUUACACACUCAUGCGUAGAACGGCGUUCAGAUCUGUGUCAAAGAUCCUUUAACUGCAGUACUGUACUCAGAAAUAAUAGCUUUUAUGAAUCACAACAAACCACAUAACGUGCAAAAUAAAAAAAAUCAAGAGAAUGUAACUCAACCGCUGACUUUACUUUAGAGAACAAUAUGAUUGCGUUUAGAAAUGCCCCCAUUACACCUCGACCGUAUCAUCAUUAUCAUAACGGAGAAAAUAUUGUUAGUGCUUGAACACAGAGUAGAUUAGUACGCUUGAAGUCUGUCUUUGUCUCCUGGAUGUCAAAGCAAAGAUAUCCUUUUGUUGUAAACGAAAGCACUAUGCUGUUGGAUAAAGGAAGAGCCUUCUGACAUUAUAUAUAAAUGAUAUAUGUAUAUAUUAAAAAAAAAAAAGAAAAGAAAAAGGGGUACAAAAACCUUUUUUUGGGGCACUCUACCUUACCAACAAUAAAUUUUGCACUAUGGGACGUUCAUGGCGUGAGGAGGUAAAGUGUUGUUUGUGUUUUACCAAGCACAAGAGAGCUUGUACAGUAUAGGAUUAAAAAAAAAAAAAAAAAAAAAAAA